AUGUCUUCACCUUCUUUACUUUCUUCAUCUUCUUCGUCGACGUGGUAUUCGUCAUCUUCGGGCGAGAAUGACGCAUUUUUCGAAAAAAUGAUUAUGUACGCGGCUCAGAUCUUCAUGGCGGAUGAUGAAAACUCUGAAGCGUCGUCCCAAUGGCAAACUAGACGAGCAAAAUUAAACCGAGACAAAGAAGCCGCCCACGAUAAACUAGUGGCCGAUUAUUUUGCCGACGAACCCGUGUACACAGACGAGAUGUUUCGACAUCGGUUCCGAAUGAGUCGACGACUUUUUUUACGUAUCGCAGACGACAUGGCCCAGUCUAAUCCGUUUUUCACACUGCGAAACGACGCUAGGGGGCAAAGGGGUUUCACUACUUUACAAAAAUGUACGUCGGCUAUUCGCCAACUGGCAUAUGGGUACGCACCCGAUGCAUUAGACAAGUAUUUAAGGAUGUCCGAAAGAACCGCACGUCUAUAUGUUUGCACAGGAAUGCUCGGGAGCAUUGAUUGCAUGCACUGGCCGUGGCAGAACUGCCCUACUGCCUGGCAAGUUCAGUAUACUCGAGGAGAUCAUGGUCAUCCCACUAUUAUUCUAGAGGCUGUUGCGUCACAGGAUCUCUGGACCUGA